AUGGAUCGCUUGAGUACUCAAUUUGAUAUGAGAUUUGUCUUUAUUAUUCUCCUUGUCACCGUCAUCAUAUCAAUAUUUCUCUCGAUUUUCAUUAUUACACUGAUUUUCUUGAGUAAAGCUAUUUCUACACCGGCAAAUCUUCUCGUAUGUAAUACAUGUAUAGCUACAAUUCUUCAUCUGAUCAUGUCAACAAUUAGCAUCUCUUGUUUCUAUACGGAAAUCGCACUAACUGACUGGUGGUGUCGAAUUAUAGCAUAUUUUUAUUACACUUGUCUUACAAUGCUCUCCCAUUCCUAUGCUAUUCAAGGUAUGUCUCGUUUACUUUUCAUUGUCUUUCACACUCAUCGAAGAUUAUUUAAUCACAAAUGUCAUCUUAUAUUUAUUCUCAGUCAUAUUAUCAUUUCUUUUCUAAUCACGCUUCCAAUACUCCUUACUCACGAUAUUCAAUUCCGUCCAUUACAUAUCUGUCUUAUUCCCGCUGUCAAUAUUCUUCAUGUGAGUUAUUUCUUUGUCACUACAUACUUUACUCCAUUUUUAAUUGUGAUUAUCAUUUAUGGUAUUAUUUACCACCGAGUUAUUCAAUCAUCGAUUGCUGUUCGACAGUCAACUCAUCCGAGUAAACGAGAUCUGGAUUUAAUUCGAAAUAUUCUCAUUCUUUUAAUCAUAUUUCUUAUGGCUGGUGUUCCGAGUAUAAUCUACAUCAUUCUAUCAGCAAGAAACACGAAAUUAUCGUAUGCUUUCUAUAUGUUUACCAUCGUUGCAACAUCAAUCGCGACCCUGAUGGAAAAAGUUUGUUUACUCUUUCUAAACAAAGAGAUUUGGCGAGAACUGAAGAAGAUGUCGAACAAAUUGCAUCCCGCACAAGCAAUAAUGCACCACAAUACUCGUUCAGUACUGACCACCAGACUCAAUAAUCGAUCUGUCAGUAACAUCGUAGAAGACCAACUAUGA